CCAUGCCUCAGCCCUUUUGAUGCAGCAUAUUUUAUAUCUGCUCUGGCUCGCAUUCUGACAAAAAGCUAUUCCUCCCGGGCAUUGCAUUGCUCUCUCUUUUGUUCCUGCCGUUCGACGACGUUCCUGAGACUGCAAUUGCCCUUUGAGCAUUUCUAUCACUUACGCGGCCAUUGUCCGGAGCAAUGGAGUUGCCGGUGAGGCUUUACCACGGGCUUCAGCCCUCGAGACAACCGCUUCAAGAGUCGACCGGCAAUGUCCAGCAUAGCCAUUUAUCCUAUGCCCAGCAGUUGGAGCUGCUGUCGUCGGGCAUAUCCCCGUCGAUUCCCACGCCACCCAUCCUGCCCACCCAGCCUCUUGGCUCGACAUAUGGGCCGCCAGUGUACACCAGACUACAACAGCGGCACCAGCUGCAGCUGGAAGGCAGGAAGAGGAGAAGUUCCAUCAACCCCAUCUGGCUCUCACCCGAGUUCCAGGCCUACAGGAAGAGACAGGCGGACAAGGACGACAAGUCAGACCAGAAAUGGCCCGACGUGCUUGAAGAUGCCUUUCUUGACGCUCUCUUGCUCAUCCCCAAGAUGGGCCGCAAGAAGUACACAAUGAAGCAAACCCAGUAUGGCCGGAAUAUGCUGAUUGGUGAAUAUCUUUGGAUAUCUUACUGCCAAAGCCUGCCCCCAGGCGUUGAGCCUGACCCAGACUUGUGGAGACAGAGGAAGCAAGUGUCGAGCCACAUCCAAGUGCUGAAGAACUUCUUUCAGCACCACCGAUGUUUCCACUUUUUCUUCUCCGGCAGGGAGCGAAAGGAAGACAAGAACAAAGAAAGCGUCGAGUCGGUAUCGCUCAAGAACAACUUGGUCUUGGUUGCCUUGUCGGAAGGGCGCCUGCCCGACGAGCGGCCCAAUUACGAGUACUUUUCUCAGAUCCUCGCCAUGAACGGCCAGGUCGUUGUCAGGCCGAAGCGGUGCUGGAUCUUCGUGUCGAACCCAGACGUUGUCGUGCGCGACGACGGGUCCGGGUACAUGGCGGCAACGGGCGCCAAGCUUGACACCGCCGAGUACCCUCACCUCGUCCUCAACCACGAGCGCGAGAAGUGGGCAAAGGAGGAGCAGCAGAUCGUCAAGGGCGCGAUGCUGCACGAGUUCACCAAGGAGAUGCACCAGGUAGAGUCCAGCACUGUCCGGGAGCUUAGCAAGGAGUGGGAGACAGACUUCCCCGACCUCUACCGGACGCUCGAGUCGAUUGUGGCGGUAGACCCACAGCUCGACAUCAUGCACAUGCACUCUGUCCUUCAGCUCAAGGAGAAGCGGCGGUUCCCCAGCCAGUCGGACCUCAACUCGUGGAUCGAGAUCAACAUUGAGCAGCCGCACCUGCUCAGCCACCGCUGGAAGGUGCACACGCAGCUGGUGCGCCCGCCCGAGCUGAGCUACUCGCAGGACAACCCGACCCCCGAGCUCUUCUACGAGACGACUGCCGAGAUCGCCAUCCCGUACCAGCACCGUGCCGGCUGCGAAGGCCUGCGAAGCGGCGGUCGCGACCAGUGCGACUGCGUCUCGCAGCGCUGCCAGCGAGACUGGGUCACGGUGCCGUUUCCCGCCGACGUCUGGGCGUGCACCCUCUCCAACUGCGUUGAGUACCCUGCCCACCCCUUUUCCGGCAUAGACCGGCGCGGCAAGCGAGGCAGGGUUGCCGUGAAGAAAGAGGACGACGACGGCGCAGGCGCGAGGGCCCAGCUCAGCGCGCAGCCCACGCAGAUGGGCCUGGUGCCAAAGAUUGCCAUGCUGCAGGAGAUCUGGUCUUGCCCACCCGAGGUCCCCUACGAGAGGAACACGGCGUACGGGGGCGGGGGUUCCGAGGGGCAGGGAGGCGGCGAUGCUAGCAACGGCCAGCGGUGGACACGCCGCGCCGUGAUUCUAUGGACGUUCGAGACGGUGCACAGCAUGGACGGGGACACCAAGCUCAGCACGGCCAAGAACGGACGGACCAACUGGCGCUUCUUGACCGUUCUCGACCCCAACAGCGCCUACCACCACCAGCAUGCCCUGGUCGGCAGCCAGAGCGCCGGCGCCAGCCGUGCCAGGAGCUUGAGCGGCGCCAGCAGCCUUGCCUCGAGCGUCUUCACCGGGCCCUCGGUUCCCCGCGACACCGUCAUGUCUCCAAGCCCCGCCUACCAGCAGCAGCUGUAUGCCAACAUGAGUGAGAACUUCGCGGCCGUGUGGGACACGGCCGGUGGGGGGCUUGGCUCCUUGUCCAACGCCGCUGCGCAGGCUGCCUACGACGCUCAUGUCAUGGCCCAGUCAGCCCAGAGGUCUGGCGCUGGGGCGGGCGCAACGGCCGGGUUCGGCUUGCUCGACAGCUUCGGGCCGCACGCCGGGCUUGCCACGCCGCCGCCGAGUGCGUCCUUGACAAGUUCUUUUGCGCACAGCUUCGACGGCGCCUCUGGCACGGGCGCCGCGGACCAACUCGCCAACUACAUGGCGGCGGCGCACGCCACGACGGCAGGGAUGGACACAGACCCUCGGACGCUAGGCUGCUUGGCCGACGUUACGGACCCGUUCCUCACUGGCGCGAGCUCGGCGACCUACGACGUGGGGGCAGCAUACGACGACCAGCACCACGGCCUGCCCACCUGGGACACGAGCAACAUCACUGGCAUCAACACCACGGGGCCCUGGUCCGCGGGAUAUGUCGCGGCGGGCGGCGCUUCGCACGGCGGCGGCGGUAGCGUGCUAGACUGGCCGCAGCCCACAACACUCGGGUCUAACGGCGGCGGCGGCGUCAAGUCAAACACGCCGGAUGACGAGCGCGAGCAACAACACUGGAUAGCGCAUGGGCAUGGGCAUGAGCAUGGCCAACAGCCCCCGCCCCUUCAAAUACUCAACGCAGGCAGCCGCCGCGGGUCAGACGACGUGCAGGAACAGCAUUGGGCGGCAGGCGUCGACGAUGGCUCCGGCCUCUGGACGCCCGCCACGUCGACCAACACCCACGCGCCGACAGCGCUAGACACCGCCCACGAGCAGCAGUGGAAAGCAGCCGGCGUGCCGGGCGACGAGUACGGCGCCCACCAUGACUGGGUGCGCAUCCAGCCGUCGGCAUCCGAACUCUCGCAGGACUGGGAGGAGGUGACGGCGCAACAUCAACAUCACCUCCACCAACAACAACAACAACAACAACAACAAGAGAUGGCCAUCGCCUUGAUGCACCACCAGUCGCCACCACCGCCGCCGCCGCAGCAGCAGCAGCAGCAACAGCAGCAACAGCAAAGGCUACAGCAGAGCCGGAAACACGGCCGCUCCGACAGCCUAGACGGCGCCUGUGAAUACGCCUUCCCGGCGCCGCCGAUGCCAAAGCUCAAGCAUCGCGGCAGUGCCCCGUCGCAGCCACAGUCGCGGUCACAGUCUCCUCCGCCGCCGCCGCCGCCACUACCAGCACCGCCUCCCGCAGUAACGGCUGCGCUGAUAAAUAGCAGCGGCCUGGCUUCCCUGCAGCUGCAGCAGCAGCAACAGCAGGACCAACAUCAACAUCAGAGCAGCAUCGGCAACGGCGGCAACGGCGGCAGCAACAACAACAACAGCAGCAUUCCCGCUGCAGUUGGGCUUGGCGAGGAGGUCAAAACUACUGCUACUCCUCCACCUCCGCCGCCUCCGCUUCCGUCGUCUACUCCACCGCCAUUUUCCUUUGUUGGCGGCAGCGCAGGGGGGAAAGGAGUGUUUUGAGCCCACGCCCUCCCUCUAAUUAAUUAAUUGUCCGGGCCUUGACGUAUUGUCCCUAUGACAUGACAUGUCGUACUACUCAGCUAGCGAGGCAGGGCAAGAAUUCUUAAUGUUUAAAUAUUCCCCCUUAACCAUCUAUCCGCCCCUACCAGGGAACGGGCGGGGAUUCAGAUGUUCCCCUACCCUACCUACCCAGCCCCUUUCCUCUCUACCUCUCACGACUACGUCAUGUAUGAUGUAUAAUGUAUACUAUUUAUCUAUUUAUCUGUCUACUUGAAACCUAAAAACUAGCCAUCCAGCCAGCCUUCGUUUACACCCACGCAACAAAAACAGUUCGAUUUUUUUCGUUCAACCUUCUCUCCCUUUUUAUCAUUUCAGGCGAGGGCGGCGUUCGGUUACUAUCCCUAGUUCACUAUCCCUGCUGCUAUUUCUACGUGUACAACUAUUAAUAGGG